AUGCAACCUGGAAUAGAACCUGGAAUAGAACAUGAAAUAGAACCUGAAAUAGAACCUGGAAUAGAACCUGGAAUAGAACCUGGAAUAGAACCUAAAAUAGAACCUGAAAUAGAACCUGGAAUAGAACGUGGAAUAGAACUUGGAAUAGAACCUUGAAUAGAACCUGAAAUAGAACCUGGAAUGGAACCUGAAAUUGAACCUGAAAUAGAACCUGGAAUAGAACCUGCAAUAGAACCUGAAAAACCUGAAAGAGAACCUGAAAUAGAACCUGAAAGAGAACCUGGAAUAGAACCUGGAAUAGAACCUAAAAUAGAACCUGAAAUAGAACCUGGAAUAGAACCUGGAAUAGAACCUGAAAUAGAACCUGGAAUAGAACCUGAAAGAGAACCUGGAAUAGAACCUGAAAUAGAACCUGGAAUAGAACCUGAAAGAGAACCUGAAAUAGAACCUGAAAGAGAACCUGGAAUAGAACCUGGAAUAGAACCUAAAAUAGAACCUGAAAUAGAACCUGGAAUAGAACCUGGAAUAGAACCUGAAAUAGAACCUGAAAUAGAACCUGGAAUAGAACCUGGAAUAGAACCUGGAAUAGAACCUAAAAUAGAACCUGAAAUAGAACCUGGAAUAGAACCUGAAAUAGAACCUGAAAUAGAACCUAAAAUAGAACCUGGAAUAGAACCUGGAAUAGAACCUGGAAUAGAACCUGGAAUAGAACCUGAAAUAGAACCUGAAAUAGAACCUGAAAUAGAACCUGGAAUAGAACCUGAAAGAGAACCUGGAAUAGAACCUGGAAUAGAACGAGGAAUAGAACCUGAAAUAGAACCUGAAAUAGAACCUGAAAUAGAACCUGGAAUAGAACGAGGAAUAGAACCUGGAAUAGAACCUGAAAUAGAACCUGAAAGAGAACCUGGAAUAGAACCUGAAAUAGAACCUGGAAUAGAACCUGAAAUAGAACCUGAAAUAGAACCUGGAAUAGAACCUGGAAUAGAACCUAAAAUAGAACCUGGAAUAGAACCUGGAAUAGAACCUGGAAUAGAACCUAAAAUAGAACCUGGAAUAGAACCUGAAAUAGAACCUGAAAUAGAACCUGAAAUAGAACCUGAAAUAGAACCUGGAAUAGAACCUGGAAUAGAACCUGGAAUAGAACCUGAAAUAGAACCUGAAAUAGAACCUGAAAUAGAACCUGGAAUAGAACCUGAAACAGAACCUGAAAUAGAACCUGAACUAGAACUAGGACUUGAACCUGAACUAGAUCUAGUACCUGAACUGAAGUAG